AUGAACUUGGAUGUUUGUGUGACGCUCUCUGAACUAGCCAAGUUGCCUCGUGGGGUGCCGCACGGCGGGAAGACUCUUAUGUGCCGGGCGGAGCGUGUCUUUGCAUCGCGCCCCCGCGAGUUUUGUGCAGGGCGAGUAUUUAACCUGAGCUGUAGACUGCUUGACGGCGACUACAAGGAGCACUGCGAGGAGGAAUACGCGCAUCUUUACUUUUACGAUGACUGGGCCUUUGCGUCCUCCUUCAUCGAGGAGGGUGACAUCGUUAUCCUGAAGGGAUUCACCGUACAUGACAUUCCCUCCAUUGGGGGGGAAGAACCCGAGUUUCCCUUCUUUGUUGCGCCGAUUGCAACGUCCUCAACGCUGCGGGUAUUGCAAAGCGGAUUGCAUGAUGAUGUUAUGGAAGUGAUGGUGAAGGCGGAUAGACUGGAUGUGCCUUGCGUGCGUGUUUUGCCAAAGACGUUGCGUGCCCCCUUCAUUGCUAACGAUGUAGAUUAA